AUGUAUAUAAACCCUAUGAACCCGAUGUUCUUUUGCUUCCCUUAUUUUUAUCAAGUACCAUUGCCUCAAAAUUUUGUUAAAGAGGAGGCUUCUGAUACUGAGAAAGAACAAACAGUAUAAAGUAUUCAAGAACAAACGAAUGCAAGUGGAAUAGUAAGAGGGAAAGGAUAGUUAUGGUCUAAUGAUGAGGUGAAAAACUUAGUGAAAUAUUAUAAAUAAUAUAAUGGAGAUUGGAAAAAGAUCAUAAAACAUUUGAAAGGAAGAAAUAUCUCAUAGUGUUCAUAGAAGUAUAGGAAACUUUAGGAUUAAGAAAAAAGAACGAAAAGAAAGUGGUCAAAUGAGGAGGAUAGAAUAUUAUUAGAUAGCUUUGAAUUGUAUGGAAAAUAAUGGAUUAAGAUAGCUGAAAGUAUUAUAUAGAGUUACUAAAUAUAGAACUUCCUGGAAGAACAUCAAAAUAAGUAAGAGAUAGAUAUGUAAAUUAAAUAAACCCAAUAAUCAAUCAUGAUGAGUGGAAUGAAGCAGAAGAUAAGAUUAUUAUGAAGGAAUUUUAACAGAAUGGACCACGUUGGGCCUAAAUAGCCAAAUAGCUAAACAACAGAUCUGUAAUUCUGAAAUUCUUAUAAUUUUUUAGGAAAAUUAAGUAAAAAAUAGAUUCUAUUAUACUAUUCUAAAAAAGUAUAAUGGAGAGCUACAUCCAUAUUUGAAAAUACAGAAUUGAUU